AUGCUCGCCGCCCACGACCCCAUACAUCAUCUACCCACCGACGACCCCCUCUUCCUCUCGACCACCACCAUCAUCCAAAACGGCCCUCCCGUCCUCCUCGACGCUGGCACGCUCGGUCUGCUCUAUACCACACGCUCUUUAGACCCCCACUGUCCCCAACCAGACCAGCUUAUACCUUCCCACCCUCUCUUCAACAAACCCACCGACCCUUACUCUGGAGAAGGUUACUACUCUUCACGCUCGAUCACGACGAGCAUCAACGCACCUCUUUCCAACCCUAUGGUCAAGAAACGUGGAUCUGUCCACUCCCUCUUCGUCCCCGGCUUCCUUCACCCAGGAUCCUCCGACGCCACCGCCACUUCUCCCACAAGUGAAGGUCAUAAUAUACCAGUCAGACAGCGCACUCUGUCUAAUACCCCAUCCGUCAUCGUUCGCUCGUUCACAAAUGCAGCCUCUACCCUCUCGACCAGGUCACGACCAUCGAGGGACCUAGAUACCCCGCUCGCAGACCUGCUCGACGAUGAUCCCUUCGCGAAUCUCUCUGGUCCAAGCUCUCUCGCAGAACCCUCUUUCUUUUCGUUUUCCGAGCCGCCAGCACCUGCUCCUUCGAGAUCCAUGGAUGUCAUGCCCAUUUCACCCUUGGCCACUUCGCCGGAUUCAUUGCUGCCAGCUCCCCGAAGACGUCUCCGGAGCUUGUCGUCUACUUCUACCGUACCCUCUCCACCAUUUAUGGCUUCUGCAUCCGUUGUUCACGCUGCCACCAUUCGCCACCAUGUUCGUCCAGCACACACACGACCAGCAUUCUCAUCGCGGCCUUCUCUGCCCUCACUACGUACACUGUCUCACUCAGAGUUCGUUCCGCCCGUCAUGGUUCGCAAAGGGACCAUAGGCGCCCGUCUCCCGGCCGAGCCUUGGAACAUGAUGCCUAGUCCGUCUGGUGAGCUACCUCGGAGCAAUGAACCCGAGCAUGAUACUGUUUCCGGCGCACCCAUGCUCGAAACUCCCAUGGGCCCCUAUUUCCCAGGGCAAUCUGAGUUCACUCCCCUUGGACUGACGAGCCUGACAUCGUCCCCUCGGCUACUACCCUCUUCAGAGCUUUCUCACGAAGUUGACGGUGCAUCGACACCUCACCCUUUUCCCACUGUGCAGACCAGACAAGUAUCUGACGGUGGCUGUUCGUCAACGGAGUCUUCCGCAGAAUCAUCGUCACCGUUCAAUAUGUCCCCAGGACUCUCUCGCUCGUCAUCUAUCUCGUCUGCGGAUUCUUCAUGCUCUGCGAAGUCAUCAUACACGGAAGCCCCACCUGUCGAGGAGGAAGAAGCGCCCGGUAGCUCUUACACGUCUGAUCAGUCCGAGGACGGUCACGACUCUCAAUACUCCUCGUCGAGUUUCUUGGACGUGAGCAUCGACUUUGACGACGACUUCUCUGCGUCCAUCCUCGUCUCGUCGCCCGUCGAUAUCGAGACUCCGGUCGUGGAGACCUCUAGCGUCGAUUACUUAGAGUACCCACCAGCGUCUACACCUCGGAGCACGAUGUACCUCACGACAGACUUCCCAAGCGUCCAGCAAAGUCCUGCCUCUGAUGUGGCCAACUUGGACGAUUUCCAACCGAGCACUUCCGCGGAGACCAUUCGUCAGUCGAACAUUUCGUCGCAUGUCGAAAAUGGCAGACUGUCCGCUGUGUGGUUGCCUGGACAGGUUCAAGCCAACUCCGACGUUCUCUGCGAUUCACCACCCGGUAUGGAGGACGAACCCGUCGAUGGUGAUGAUCAGCGGGACCGGACGCGCUAUAAUUACAACAGUCAGAGCAAUGGUCGUCGCGAUGAUGGGCGUGGGUAUAAUGGUGGCGGUGGCGGUGGCGGAGGGUACAACGGAGGUGGUGGUUCUGGCCAUUACGGUGGCUCAGGUUCCGGUUCCGGAGGACGAGGACGAGAUGACGGAGGCGACAACAACCGCCGUCAAGCACCACCGGCUUCCUCGUCCUACGUAGACCCCGCCGAAACAUCAUCAGAAAGCGAGUCUGAAGAAGACACGUCGGAUUAUUCGCAGGAUGAGCGUGGAGGUGCGGGCGAGACGAGCGACGAUAACGUUCCGUUGGCGCAAAGUAUUCCGACUGCGCUUACGGCUCAGAGGACUAUUCGGAGACAGGUGAGGGAUGAACAGGCACAGAGGAGGAGGGAGAGGCAUGCGAAGAGGCAGCAGAGUGCGUCGGCGGCGCAGGGAAGAGAUCCCCGUUCAGGACAAACUCAGGCUCCAGCCCCGGCCCCUAUCGCUUCGUCUUCAAAGACCGUCGGUACAGGUCUUCGCGCUCGUGCACUUUCUACCAGCCGACCUCCGCCCAUCGAUCCCCAACGAUCUCGGAUGGCUCGUUCACCUCCUCGUACUGGUAUACCAUUCGGCACAAACCAGGACAUGGUCUCGUCUUCGUACGCCAUGGAACGACCCUCUCGAACGCGCACGAAGACUUUACCCGGGAACGCAUUCAGUCCCGUCGCUGCAGCUCCCAUCGCCAUGGAGGACCUCGAGAAACGUCUCUUAACAGUCCAAGCUAUUAAAGCGCCACCCGCGGCAACCUCGAGGUCACGCGCGCUCAGCACCAGUCGUCCCGCCCCUCCACUCAACACCGAUAACUCGCUCCAUCCGACCAGCAGGGACCGUACUCUCCGCCCCUCGCGCUCAUUCCAUCGUCCUGAUGGAGGUUCUCAUAAUCAUGCUAACACCUCCGACGCGCAUGGGCUCAGCCGUAGCGCUACGGCCUCGGCGUCUGCGAGGAGUCAAUCGACGCAUAGGACUCGGUCGCAGACUGUCGAUGCGCCUUUGCGUCGUGAGAGGUCUACGCGAGCGGCCCCGCGUACGAGCGACGAGGCGGGCAAAUCGAACGGUGGUGGGACUUCGCGUCGUCCGUCCGAAGACGGCCAGAGACCACCACCGAUGCCUCCCCUCCCGCCCGCAGAAGUCCUCAACAGUCUAUCGAAUACCAAUAGAGAGAGAGAGCCGAGGAGAGAAGUGGUGUGGCAGCAGAGGGUAUUCGUGGGCGAUAUGCAGCGGUUCAGUAUGAUGGAGAUCGGGCCGAGUAUGACGGCGAAGGAGGUGGUGGAGAUGUUGGCGAGACAGGCGCAGUUGGAGCCGUUUCAAGGGCUUGGGGGUUGGAUGUUGUUUGAGGUGGCGCAGGAUUUCGGGAUGGAACGGCCGAUCAGGGCAUACGAGGUCGUCGCGGAAGUUGUGAAUUCAUGGGAUAAGGACAGGACCGUGAACACCAUCAUUGCGAAGAAGACGGAGUUGGCACAUCUGUUGCGUCCAUCUGCCAUUCCUACCUCUUCCCCGAGAUUCGCAGGAUUUGUUGAGUGGGAGAGCAAGAGGGGCAAGUGGAACAAACGUUGGCUGGAGUUGCGUGAGCACAGUCUUUGGCUGGCCAAGCGCGAAACUGGCAAGGACGAGACUUUCCUAUGCUCGCUCUCUAAUUUUGAUGCCUACCACGUCACGCGUCUCCACAAAGCUCCAAAACCUUUCAUUUUCGCCGUCAAGUCUACCGAUAACUUGAACUUCUUUGAGAAUGCGGCAGACUACGUGCACUUCUUCUCUUGUGGUGAUGCGGAUGGCCAGAAUUGGCUGGAGAAAAUCCUGCUUGCUCGGUCAUACAUCCUCAACCAAGAACGCAACAUCAUCUCCAUCCCAACCCCCUCCUCCGGUUCUGGUGCCACUGGUGGCGGUGGCGGUAACGGAUCAGGCAAGACCCUCGUCCGCGCCGGAACGCGCAAGAUUCCUGCUGGCCUUCGUCCCUCCCAACCUCUCGUCAGCGUCAGCGCCCCCAAAACCCAUACGACCUCUGCUCCUCCCGCCGCCCUUGUCUUUGAGGCCGGCUCGUUGCUUGCGAAGCGCGAACACUGAUCUAGGCCAUUUUCUCUGUUUUCGGGUGCGAUUUACGAUCUAUAUGUAUGUGGUGUUUGUCCAUUUAUAUGUCUGAUUUUUGGGAGAAAUGAUAUAAGUAUUGUAUAUCGUCCGUAUUAUCUGCUACAUCCCUACACCACAUCCCUAUCCCUGUCUGUGUACAUAUACUCAAAUAGAUAUGUUCAUCUGUCGAUCCCACGUUCCUUUCGCGUCCAUCGUUUUGUCCGCUCCUUAGCCUUCCCGUUUCUUUCUAUCUUUUGGCUGCUUUGACCUGACUUAUUCGGUGUCAUUGAGAGUACUACGCUCAAGCGGUCUGUCCAUUCCUUCGAGAGUUUACAUAGCUUGUCAUUCCUUUCAUCAUGGGCCAUGUACCAGUACCAUAUCAUACUGCAUCGUUUUGUCGACCACUUGCAGAGUUACUUAACAUCCAUGUAUCCUCUACUUACAGCACUGGUAAUAUGAAUCGUUGAGCGGGACCGACGGAGUCGCGUUCAAAAUCG